CGGAUACACAUGUCGUAUCCGGAGACAGCCUUUGACGGAAUCCGGGUAUUCUUGAUUUUGUCACCAUGCUCUCGACCUUCCGCUCGAUCGCGCUGAGCGUCAUGCAGAAGUACGCCGAGUUUAGCCUCGAGGCCGCGCCGUCCAAGCCGUACCCGUUCGACGUGGAGGUCCUCCCGACGCGUGACGAUCUCGUCGACAUGUGGCUGCCGCUGGAGCGAGAGCGCACGGCGCCGCUGCGGUCGGGCACCGACACGAUGGCGCGGACGUGCAAGCUGCACGGCGACACGGUCUUUCUCAAGUGCAUCGACUUGACGACGUCGUCGACCGCCAACAAGACGGACUUUGUCGCCAAGCUCAAGGAGAUGAAGGCGCUGCGCCACAAGAACAUUGUCGAGGUUCACGGCGUCUCGCUCGUUGUCUAUUCGACCACGCUCUGCGCCGCCAUGGAGUUUAUGGUCCAAGGCUCGGUGCUCAACGUCAUUUACAACAAGAAGACGGAGCUGAGCACCAAGCAGAUGUGGGCCAUGUGCCUCGACAUUGCCGAGGGCCUCGCCUACCUCCACACGGAUGCCAAGCGUGCGCACGGCAGCCUCUGCACCAUGCACGUGCUCGUCAACGCCGCGGGCAUCUGCAAGCUCAACGUCCAGGCGAUUGUCAAGGCGCAUGUAAGCGUCGAUGCGUACGGCGUCAUGGAGAUGGCCUACCGGGCGCCGGAAACGCUACAUGGGCACCUCGCGCUGGACCUCACCGCGCGCCAAGCGGCCGACAUGUACGCGCUCGGCGUCGUUUUCCUUCAGAUCUUUAGCCGGUCGCAGCCAUAUGCACAGAUCUACGCCGAGCAUGGCUACGUGCGCGGUGACCUGCGCAUUGCAGAGGCCAAGGCGACGGGCGGCUUGGCCCCGUUCGCGACGCCAACGACGUGGCCGGCCGACGUUGCAAGCGUCCUCACACGGUGUCUUGCGACAGAGGCGUCGGCCCGACCGUCCAUCACCGAGGUCGUCGGUAUCGUCUCGGCGCAAUUCGCAUAGCCGAAGCUCGCCUCCUCUUUACUUAGUCGUUACAAUCCUACUCUAAUCUAUCCUACUUGUACUGGA